CCCUCAUCUUUUUUUUUACGUUCAGUUUCUUCAACACAAACAUGAAGCCAAAUCGCAAACUCAAAAAACCCCAAACUUCUUCUUCCAAGUUCGAUUUGGAAGAGAUUAUCGGAUUAACGGUGAGGAAUGGCAACGGGUUGGCUUCCAGCAUUUCCAAUUCCAAGUUUGUAUAUAUGGCUGGAUGUGUUGUAGUACUUUACGACAUCGAUUUAGGGACUCAAUCGCAUCUUAUGGUGUCUAAUCGUUCGCCCAAGCCUUUGAGCUGUGUUGCUGUCUCUCAAGAUGGAAACUACAUUGCAGCUGGAGAGUCAGGACAGCAACCUUCCAUAAUAGUAUGGAGCUCUGCAACUAUGGCUUCUGUUCCAGAACUUAAAGGCCAUCGAUAUGGUGUAGCUUGCAUGGCUUUCUCACCUGAUGGUAAACAUCUUGUAUCAGUUGGAAUCCCUCAAGAUGGAUACCUAUGCCUUUGGGAUUGGCGAAGUGGGACACUAGUUAAAAAGCUGAAAGCAUGUUCAUCUUUCUCUGCUGUGUCAUCAGUUACCUUUUCAGCAGAUUCAAACUUCAUAUUGACUGCUGGAAAGAGGCAUUUGAAAGUAUGGACAGUUGGACUUCCUACAAAAUCUCAACCUAAAACUAAAGCUGUAUCACUAACAAUGCAUGGAAAAACUGUUGACCUUGGUCAUCGCAAAGGUUGCACAUUUAUAGCUAUUGCUACAUCUCCCUUUAAGACUAAUGGGAAUGGAGCUGAUUGCAAGGGUAGUGAAUCUGUAGUUGUUUAUGCGUUAACAGAUUCAGGCGUUUUAUGCCUUCUACAUGGUGGGUUGACAAUUACACAUUCAGUGGAUCUAAAGGUUGAAAAAGGCUAUGGAUUAUCAGCAUCACAAGAGUUCAUAGCAUGUGCAUGUAAUAAUGGCGUUGUAAAACUAUACACUCAUGGUUCCCUUGAAUAUGCUGGAGACUUGCAUCAUAGUGAAUUAAAAGUCUCUCAAGAUGGAAUCCAACAACUGCCUACCUUUCCAGAUGCAAUAGCUUGCCAAUUUUCUACCUCAAGAAAACUCGUGGUGGUUUACAGAGAUCACAGCCUCUAUAUUUGGAACAUACAUGGAAAGUUUGAGGCUACAAAAUGUUGUGUGCUAGUUUCACAUGGUGGAUGCAUAUGGGACAUCAAGAAUCUUUCAUGUGAAAACAAUCAUGAUCCUUCUCUUUCAUGUGUUGCUAGAGGUUGCACAGGUGGAGUUUCCUUUGCAACAUGUUCAUCAGAUGGAAGUAUCAGAUUAUGGGAUCUUUCCUUGCAAUCUUUAUCAACAGAUCAACAUCCUCCCAUUAAUGAACCACUUGCCACUUCAUCAUGUUUAGUUAGUGCUGGAACUUUUGAACGUGAAUCAGUAGUAUCAGGUGUUGUCACUCAAGGGUAUCGAUCUAUGGCAGUUAGUUCAGAUGGAAAGCAUCUUGCUGCUGGUGAUUCUCAUGGAAACCUGCAUGUUUUUAACCUAAACACAUCUCACUAUACAUGCAUACAGAAUGUUCAUGAAGGAGAAAUUCUUUCCUUGAAUUUCAGCUUCCCAAUUGAGAAGACAAACAAUUCUACUGUAAAUUUAGAAAGCUGCUAUUUUCUUGCUUCAGGAGGGAGUGAUAGAAUGAUACAUCUUUUUGAUGUAAACAGGAGUUUCGAUCUGAUUGCAAGUGUUGGUGAUCAUUCAUCUGCUGUGACUUCAGUACAACUCAUUGGACAUGGGAACAAACUUAUUACUUGUACUUCUGAUAGGUGUUUAAUCUUCCGUGAUGUUGACAUCAGCAACGAUUAUAAUAUUUCUCAUUCACAUCAGCAAAAGACAUCUCAUGGAAAUGUACAUGACAUAGCCAUUGAUCCAAUCACACAUACUGCUGUUACCCUUGGACAGGAUAAGAAGAUAAACAUGUUGGAUAUUGCUUCAGGGCAAGUAAUUAGAUCAUUUAAGCAGAGUGAAGAUUAUGGGGAACCAAUGAAAGUUGUGUUGGAUCCAAGUUGUAGCUAUGUGGUGUGUUCUUAUUCUGAUAGAUCUAUCUGCAUGUAUGAUGUAACCAGUGGAGAAAUUGUCGCACGUGCAAUGGGGCAUGGUGAUGCCAUUAAUGCCAUCAUUUUUUUACCUGACUGCAAGCAUAUAGUCUCUGUAGGAAGUGAUAGCUGUAUAUUUGUUUGGAAAGUUCCUAGUGUUAUGACAUUAAGAAUGCUGCAAAAAACGAAUGGAAAUUCAUCUCCUUUGUCCCCAACUGCUAUUACUCAACUUCCAUCUGUCAAUCAAAUUAAAUUUAAUAAAGAAAAGUAUCUCCGAUCGCAAGCCGCAGGUGCAAAUUUCCUAAAAUGCCCUCAACAACAGACAUCAUCGGCGUUCAGAUUUAGCGUAUCCAGACUUCCACAGUGGGCGAAAUCAAAAGUCACGAGUCCUUUGGUUAUUCCCAUGGACCCUAUAUCAUCUGAACAUUCUUCUCCCUCAAAAUCUAGCACGUGUGUAGAAGAUGCUGACGUGGACUUCGCAUUAGCGUUACAAUUACAUACACCACGCAACAACAGUGAGACAGAUUCAAGGAAGAGAUUGUCGACAAGUUCAUCUGAUGCGAGUAAUAGCAAAGAUUGCAGGAGCUUUGCAUUGGAUAAACGAUGGGUGACUAUUCAUACUGUAUGUUUAGAUGUAUUAAAUUCUCCCGGAGUUUACAGCCUUAUGAAGGAACAAAUGACGCCUAUGAAAAAAAGCUAUUCAAGAAGGUUUUCUAUAACCCAACACCAACAGGACAUGGUAAGAAGCUCAAACUCAACAACAGAACAUGAAAUGGAAAACAUGAAAGACCAAAAAGAUGAUAAUGACAUGAAAAGAAACGAAAAACAAAACACAGUAUUCGAUGCUUGUAAAGAAGCAUUAAAAACAUUAGAAGCCUCAAGCAAGACUACCCUCGACCUAUUUUCUAAACUAACACAUGAGAAUCUUCAAGGACAAGAAGGUAAUUUUUACAGCGAGGCAGCAGAAAUGCUUCCAUCGAUUGCAAAAAACGUGAAUGAAAUCGCGAAAAUUGUGAGUUCAUGUGGGGGAGAUAAAGUGGAAAUUCCCGGGUUUGAACCAUUAUUGGGAAAGUUUGCUGAGAGUUUGUCUCAAAGAGUAAUUGAAUUACUUAAGGAAAACUGCCCAAAUUUAUGAUACAAAAAAAUUGUAUAUCAAC